AUGAGUCUUCGGGCGAUCUCAGUGGCCAAAAUUGAGUAUCCCGAAACCAUGGACCAAACUACCAAGAAACCCAGAGACGGAGGGUUGAACGAUCCUCGAUUAGGUUCUAUCGAUAGAAAUUUCAAAUGUCAAACUUGUAGUGAAGACAUGGCUGAAUGUCCUGGACAUUUUGGUCAUAUUGAAUUGGCUAAACCGGUUUUCCAUAUUGGGUUCAUUGCUAAGAUUAAAAAAGUCUGUGAAUGUGUUUGUAUGCAUUGUGGUAAGUUACUUUUAGAUGAAACCAAUCCAGCCAUGGCUCAAGCCAUUAGAAUCAGAGAUCCUAAAAAGAGAUUCAACGCUGUGUGGAACUUGUGUAAAACCAAAAUGAUUUGUGAAGCUGAUGUUAUAGAUGAAGAUAAUAGUAACACCUCGGAUAAUAAACCUACAAGAGGUGGGUGUGGUCAUACUCAACCAACUGUUAGAAGAGAUGGAUUGAAAUUAUGGGGGACUUGGAAACAAAAUAAAACGUUUGAAGAAAAUGAACAACCUGAACGUCGUCUUUUAACACCUUCUGAAAUCUUGAGCGUUUUUAAACACAUUAGUUCUGUUGAUUGUCUUAGAUUAGGGUUCAAUGAAGAUUACGCAAGACCUGAAUGGAUGUUAAUCACCGUUUUACCUGUGCCUCCACCUCCAGUUAGACCUUCCAUUGCUUUCAAUGAUACGGCUAGAGGAGAGGAUGAUUUGACUUUCAAAUUGGCCGAUGUCUUGAAGGCAAAUAUAAAUGUUCAAAGAUUAGAAAUGGAUGGUUCUCCUCAACAUGUUAUCAGUGAGUUUGAAGCUUUGUUGCAAUUCCAUGUUGCAACUUAUAUGGAUAAUGAUAUUGCUGGUCAACCACAAGCCCUUCAAAAGACUGGUCGUCCCAUCAAGUCUAUUAGAGCCAGAUUGAAGGGUAAAGAUGGAAGAAUUAGAGGGAAUUUGAUGGGUAAGCGUGUGGAUUUCUCUGCUCGUACUGUCAUUUCCGGUGAUCCAAAUUUGGAUUUAGAUCAAGUUGGUGUUCCUAUUUCUAUUGCCAGAACAUUAUCGUAUCCAGAAAUUGUAACUCCUUACAAUAUUCAUAGAUUGACAGAAUACGUUCGUAAUGGUCCUAAUGAACAUCCCGGUGCCAAAUAUGUCAUCAGAGAUACUGGUGAUCGUAUUGAUUUGAGAUAUAAUAAAAGAGCAGGUGACAUUGCUUUGCAAUAUGGUUGGAGAGUCGAACGUCAUCUUAUGGAUGAUGACCCGGUUUUAUUCAAUCGUCAACCUUCAUUACAUAAAAUGUCUAUGAUGGCUCAUAGAGUCAAAGUCAUGCCGUAUUCCACAUUUAGAUUGAAUCUUUCUGUCACAUCUCCGUAUAAUGCCGAUUUCGAUGGUGAUGAAAUGAACUUGCACGUUCCACAAUCCCCCGAAACCAGAUCUGAAUUGUCCCAGAUUUGUGCUGUUCCAUUACAAAUUAUUUCUCCACAGUCUAAUAAGCCUGUUAUGGGUAUUGUGCAAGAUACUUUGUGUGGUAUUAGGAAAAUGACAUUAAGAGACAUCUUUAUUGAAUAUGAUCAAGUUAUGAACAUGCUUUAUUGGAUUCCUAAUUGGGAUGGUGUUAUCCCCCCUCCCGCGGUCAUGAAGCCUAAGCAAUUGUGGACCGGAAAGCAAUUAUUAUCUAUGGCCAUUCCAAAGGGUAUUCAUUUGCAAAGAUUUGAUGACGGAAGAGAUUUAUCAAGUCCGAAGGAUAAGGGGAUGCUUAUUGUAGAUGGUGAAAUCAUGUUUGGUGUUGUUGAUAAGAAAACAGUGGGUGCAACUGGUGGUGGGUUGAUUCAUACUGUUUUCAGAGAAAAGGGUCCUCAAGUUUGUGCCCAAAUGUUUAGUGCCAUUCAAAAAGUUGUCAACUUUUGGUUGUUACACAAUGGGUUCUCUAUUGGUAUUGGUGACACCAUUGCUGAUGCCGAAACAAUGAAGACAAUUACCUCCACUAUUAGAGAAGCAAAGGACAAGGUCCAAGAAAUUAUCUUGGAUGCUCAACUGAAUAAGUUAGAACCAGAACCUGGUAUGACAUUGAGAGAAUCUUUUGAACAUAAUGUUUCCAGAGUUUUGAAUCAAGCCAGAGAUACAGCUGGUCGUUCUGCAGAAAUGAACUUAAAGGAUUUGAAUAACGUGAAGCAAAUGGUGACAUCUGGUUCCAAGGGAUCUUUCAUUAAUAUUUCCCAAAUGUCUGCUUGUGUGGGUCAACAAAUUGUUGAAGGUAAGAGAAUUCCUUUUGGGUUUGGUGACCGUACUUUACCACAUUUCACAAAGGAUGAUUAUUCACCUGAGUCCAAGGGUUUCGUGGAAAACUCCUAUUUAAGAGGUUUAACACCCCAAGAAUUCUUCUUCCACGCUAUGGCUGGUAGAGAAGGUCUUAUUGAUACUGCAGUUAAAACGGCAGAAACAGGUUAUAUUCAACGUCGUAUCAUUAAAGCUUUGGAGGAUAUUAUGGUCCAUUAUGAUGGUACAACCAGAAACUCUUUAGGUGAUAUCAUUCAAUUCGUCUAUGGUGAAGAUGGUAUGGAUGGUACUCAAGUUGAAAAGCAAUCCAUUGAUACUAUUCCAGGUUCUGACCGUGCUUUUGAACGUCGGUACCGUAUUGAUCUUUUGGAUUCUGAGAAUUCUAUUAAUGAAUCCUUAUUGGAAUCUGGUAAGGAAAUAAGAGGUGAUGUUGAAUUACAAGAGGUUUUGGAUGAAGAAUAUUCUCAAUUGUUGGAGGAUCGUAAGUUUUUGAGAGAUGUUUGUUUCCCUAACGGUGAUUACAACUGGCCGUUACCUGUUAAUAUUCGUCGUAUUAUUCAAAACUCCCAACAAAUUUUCCACAGUGGUCGUAUGAAGGCUUCUGAUUUGAGAUUGGACGAAAUUGUUAAUGGUGUCAAGGAUUUAUGUACCAAAUUGCUUGUUAUUCGUGGGGAUACACCGUUGAUCAAAGAGGCUCAAGCCAAUGCUACGCUACUUUUCCAAAGUUUGUUACGUUCAAGAUUGGCAUCUCGUCGUGUUAUCGAAGAAUUUAAGUUAAACAGAACGUCUUUUGAAUGGGUUAUGGGAGAAAUUGAAGCCCAAUUCCAAAAAUCCGUUGUUCACCCUGGUGAGAUGGUGGGUAUCGUUGCAGCUCAAUCUAUUGGUGAACCAGCUACUCAAAUGACUUUAAACACAUUCCAUUAUGCGGGUGUGUCAUCAAAGAAUGUGACAUUAGGUGUUCCUCGUCUUAAGGAAAUUCUUAACGUUGCUAAGAACAUCAAGACUCCUGCUAUGACAGUCUAUUUGGAAUCAGAGAUUGCAGCAGACAUUGAAAAGGCCAAGGUUAUUCAAUCUGCCAUUGAGCACACAACUUUAAAGAAUGUCACAUCUUCAUCAGAAAUUUACUACGAUCCAGAUCCAAGAAGUACUGUUAUUGAAGAGGAUUAUGAUACAGUUGAAGCGUAUUUCUCUAUUCCCGAUCAAAAGGUUGAAGAAUCAUUACAAAACCAAUCUCCUUGGUUAUUGCGUCUUGAAUUGGAUCGUGCUAAGAUGUUAGAUAAACAAUUAACCAUGUCCCAAGUUGCCAACAAGAUUUUACAAAACUUUGGUGAAGAUUUGUUUGUCAUUUGGUCCGAUGAUACUGCUGAUAAGUUGAUUAUUCGUUGUAGAGUUGUUCGUGACCCCAAGGCCAUGGAUGAGGAUGCAGACUCUGAGGAAGAUCAAAUAUUGAAACGUCUUGAAGCUCAUAUGCUUGAGUCUAUUUCCUUGAGAGGUAUUCCUGGUAUUAUAAGAGUCUUUAUGAUGCAACACAAGGUCAGUAGACCUGAUGUAACUGGUGAAUUCAAACAAGAUCAAGAAUGGGUGUUGGAAACUGAUGGUGUUAACUUGGCGGAUGUUAUGGCAGUUCCAGGUGUCGAUUCAAAGCGUACUUACUCCAAUAAUUUCAUUGAAAUUCUUUCAGUGUUGGGUAUUGAGGCUACCAGAACUGCUUUGUUUAAAGAAAUUUUGAACGUUAUUGCAUUUGAUGGUUCUUAUGUCAAUUAUAGACAUAUGGCGUUGCUUGUGGAUGCAAUGACCUCUCGUGGUCAUUUGAUGGCUAUCACUCGUCACGGUAUCAACAGAGCCGACACUGGAGCUUUAAUGCGUUGUUCCUUCGAAGAAACUGUUGAAAUCUUGUUGGAAGCUGGUGCUGCAGCUGAAUUAGAUGAUUGUCAUGGGAUUUCGGAGAAUGUUAUUUUGGGUCAAAUGGCUCCCUUGGGUACUGGUGCAUUUGAUGUUAUGCUUGAUGAUAAUAUGUUACAAGAUGCUCCCACUAAUGCAGCUCUUGAUUUCAAUACUGAGAAUGAUGGUGGUGCUACUCCAUACAGAGAGUACGAAAUGGAAGAUGAUAAUAUACAAUAUGUGGAAGGUGCGGGAUUCUCUCCUAUCCACACUGCACCAACAGUAGAUGGCUCUGGUGCUCUUACUUCUUAUGGUGGUCAACCUGCUUCUCCAUCUGCCACAUCUCCAUUCUCAUAUGGUGCUUCUUCACCUUCGUUUGGUGGUGCCACAUCUCCUACCUAUUCGCCAACAUCUCCAACUUACUCACCUACUUCACCUUCUUACUCACCAACAUCUCCAACUUAUUCCCCAACGUCCCCAUCAUAUUCACCAACAUCACCAUCCUACUCACCAACAUCACCAUCCUACUCACCAACGUCCCCAUCAUAUUCACCAACAUCACCAUCCUACUCACCAACAUCACCAUCCUACUCACCAACAUCACCAUCCUACUCACCAACAUCACCAUCCUACUCACCAACAUCUCCUUCAUACUCACCAACAUCACCAUCUUAUUCCCCAACAUCACCAUCAUACUCACCUACUUCGCCUUCCUACUCACCAACGUCACCUUCCUACUCACCAACAUCACCAUCUUAUUCACCAACAUCACCAUCUUACUCACCAACAUCACCAUCUUAUUCGCCAACAUCACCAUCCUAUUCACCUACUUCACCUUCCUACUCCCCCACUUCACCCACAUACUCCCCCACGUCUCCAUCAUACUCCCCAACUUCACCAUCGUAUUCCCCCACAUCUCCAUCAUACUCCCCAUCCAGCAAUAAUAAGGAUAAAUCCAAGAGAGAUGACUAA